UGCUCACAUCUUAUAAUUACAGCAGUGGCUGAUGUACAGACAACGAUGCAUAAAGUCGCGCAUUCGUAGUCAUGAAUUUAUAUUUUUCAAUAUGUAUACUUUACCAAUUACAAUUUACAACGAGCACAUUUUUUCCAGACGCUUUGUUAUCUGUGCCAAAAAUUAUAAAACGCCAUAACUAUAACUGCGAAACUCAUAUUGUUAAAACGGAAGACGGUUAUUUACUAGAGAUUCAUAGAAUACAAAAGAAACAAAAUAUCGUUAGAAAUCAUCCAGUGUUCUUGCAGCAUGGGAUAUUAGCAAGCUCUGCUGACUGGGUCAUUGGUGGACCAAAAAAUGCUCUAGCCUAUCAACUUUCAGAUCAAGGUUUUGAUGUAUGGUUAGGCAAUUUAAGAGGUAACACGUAUUCUCGGUCUCACAUUAGUUUAGAUCCGGAAAGUCAAGAAUUUUGGGAUUUCAGUUUUCACGAGAUUGGCUAUUAUGACGUGCCUGCUACGAUUGAUUACAUACUAGAACAAACAAACAAGGAGCAAUUGAUCUACGUGGGACAUUCGAUGGGUACCUGCAUAUUUUUUGUGAUGUGCUCCACGCGACCGGAAUACAAUGACAAAAUAAGAACUCAAAUCAGUUUGGCUCCAAUUGCGUUUGUCAAUAAUAUGAAGUCCGUAUUACUCAAUUCGUUAGUGCCUUAUGCAGAUAAAAUUAACAAAAUUGCAAAUUUGUUUACCAAUGGCGCGUUCUUACCACAAAACGCUGCCAGUAAGUUAGUUAGUAAGUAUUUAUGCGGCGAAAAUAUGGCUAAUGCAACAUUAUGCAAAAAGUUUAUCGUGUACGAAAUAUUCGGAGAAGAUCCUGUAGAAUUUAACGCGGAACUGUUACCAAUUAUUCUGGCUCAUAAUCCAGCUGGAACAUCAACAAAAACUCUAACCCAUUUUGCACAAGAGUUCAUAUCAGGAAACUUCCAGCAGUAUGAUUAUGGAUCCGAAGGCAAUAUUAAAAAAUAUAACUGUGUAGAACCUCCAUUGUAUAGUUUAAGUAGUGUGAUUGCACCGGUACUCUUUUACCAUGCAACAAAUGAUUUACUAUCAGACCCUAAGGAUGUUAUGGAACUUUACACUCGUUUGCCGAAUCGUUUGGGAAAACAUCUUAUCAACUAUGAAAGGUUUAACCACGUUGAUUUUUUAUACAGUCGCAACGUUACCAGACUACUAUAUCGAAGCGUUUUAAGUUCAAUAAAACAUAUUGAUAGCUCGUUUUGGAUCCCAUACUUCGACAGAAAAACUUUUUUCAACAACACCAUAGAUUACAAUAGAUGCGAAAAAAAGUAUAAAAACGAACAAAGUUUAUGGUAUAAACUCAUGUCGUAUGUAAGAAAAACACCAGAAUUACAUCCAAUAAUCAGCCCAGAUGAUAACGAACUAGGAAACAAACCUAACGAGACGAUGUUGAAUGCAUGGGAUCAUAUAUUCAAUGAAUAAUAUGGAUAACUCAUAAUAAACAUGUGUGUUAUAGAC